CCUCGAGCUGUCACGAGGAGCGCCCACCAUUCACCGCGUCCGCCUCCACGCACGACACUACUCACGAUUGCGAAGACUCGCGCAAUCCGUCUCGAGCUGGAACAACCGCGACACCGAUUGCCAACGCCUGCGUUCCUUCGGUCCCGCGCGCCGUCCCAUUGAUGGCUGUACCCUGCAGCACAUCCGCCCGCAUAUAGAGGCAUCGGCCAGCUGGCUUGCCUCGCAUAUGGUUCGCACACUUGGAGGACCCUUCUUUCCGGUUAUUGUGUGCUCGUCCUAGAACGCUAUGGAUGCGCGGGGCCGCAACUACUCCAACGGCACUGGGAGCACGGGACGACCCAGCAAUGAGAGCCGUCGCCCGCCUGGAGCUCCUGGGGGGCCACCUCCUUCCGAGCGCUCUUCGGCGCGGGCAGGAGCCGCCAUGUCGCGCGCCGAACGAUUCGAGGACGAGCGGCGAAGAAUCACAGCGAGCUGCUUCUCCAAGAUAGAUUCAGAGGACGGCCAGCUGCUCGAAUCCUACAUAACUCACAUUCGCAUACAGGAAGACGCCGCAUAUCCGCAGUCGCCCGCCCCUCCCGACUCAGACCCGAAGAACAAGAAACAGCGUGUCAUUGUCAUCUCUGUGCACAAGACCAAGUUGGUGCGCAUCCACAAAGGCCGAGAGAAUGCGAACGGAAGCUUCUCCAUUGGCAAAUCAUGGGAGAUGUAUGAGCUGUCUGCUGUUGAAAACUAUGUACACUCGAACCCGCAAACGCCCGAGGGGAAGCAACACAAGCUCUGGGCCAAGGAUACGGGGUUUCUGGUCACGAUAGUCAAGCCGUAUUAUUGGGAGGCGCAUACUUCGAAAGAGAAAGAGUUCUUCAUCGGCAGUAUGGUCAAAGUCUACACAAAGUUCACGGACAGAUUCGAUCGUAAACAAGGCAAAUUCCCUGUAUUGACUGGCUUCUCGGACACUGAGUUAGAUACGCUCACAGAGCAUCGCCCCUAUGCUGCUACCGAAGAAGGCCGCGCAGCCCACGACGCAUGGAUGGCGCCCUAUACCAACCGUGACAAUGAGAAGCCACCGCCAGAGGACCCUGGUCCAUAUGCUCGUUGGGAAAGGGCGAGACAGCCCCAAGCUAGACCUGGUCCGCCUCCUCGGCCACAAAACGUCCCACUGCCAGGAGACGCGAGGCGCAUGAUUCCUCCUCAAGACAGAGAAAUGAACCGCAAUCCGUCAGAAGAAAGGGACCCGAGGCGCAUGCCGCCACUAGGAGAAAGAGAUAUGAGACGGCCACCGCCGCCAGGAGACAGAAGGCCUCCUCCACCACGUGGUCCGCCCCGCCCUCCAACUGCCGACGGUGAGCCACGCCAAAGACGGCCGGGGCCACCUCCAAUUUCAGAUAGGGCAGAUCCCGCCAUCUUUAGUGCGUCACCAGGAGAUGGACGGAUGCUCCCUGUUUCUCCCCGAUUUGCGCCCCCUGGUAUGGGCACGCCACCUCCUCCAGGGCUUCAAGCUGGUCGUGGACGACGACCGUCCAUAGACCAGAACAUGCGCGGUCGUCCAAGCAGAGAAAAUAUGGCGCUGCGACCCUCAGCCAGCCGAGAACGUCUACAACCAACACCUGGAUCGAUACCGCCGGUGCCCAUUCCGUCACCAGCGCGAUUAGAUCCUCAAACAUCGCGGUCUGAACUACGUCCAAAGACUCCAGACACCACAGCAAGUGCUUCAUCUAUUCCUCCCAGCCUUAGCCCGGGAAGACCGUCAUUCGCAGAUGAUUCUCGGUCGCAAAGGUCAGGGAAAUCCAUGGAGCGACCUUCAUUCGAUGGGACCGGUUCGAGACCGUCUCCUGUCGAAGACCUUAGGCCGGGCGCGAAUGGAUACCCGCCACCACCGGUGCGACGUGACCCAUCUCCCAGGGGUCUCCGUCCCGGAACCGCCCAAAGUACUGCCAGCUCUUUCCAGUCUCGAAAUGAAGAUUCCGCUGCUGAAGAGGUCGGGCAAAGGACUGCUCCUCCAGAGCGCAGAAGGCCGCCAAUGGAGCGACCAGCCCAGUUGUCGAAGGCAAGUUACGAAAGCGGAGCCAGUGGUCCCAACACUGAAUUUCAUACGCCGGCUCAGUCUCCAGCGCCCACGGAACGAGUGCCUCUGGAACCUCCACCUAGAAGGAGACCGCAAGAAAUACCCGAGAGACCCAGACCAUCUCCAGCCGAGGCACCGCCCGCUACUUUUGGUGCACCGCUUCAAGCACUUCUUUCUAAUCGCUUACACUCUGAACCUUCCCCUGCGCAAACAUUGCCGCCUGCGCAACCUCCACCACCACCCACUUCUCCACUCCCGCAGAUACCCAAGGCUCUCGAGCAAAAGGAGCAAUCUCCUGUAGCAGAGUCACGUGUUCAACCUUCUCCGGUGGAUGACAUACCUAUUCCGGAGCCGCUCAAGAACGGUGCCCAAGCAAUCGAGAAAGAACCUGAGGUCGCACCAGAAGUUAAGCCAAUUUCACCUACAGCAGAAGAAGCCAAGGAGCCUACGUCGGAUUCCACUGCGAAACCUGUGGAGAGCAAGCUGGGCAAAGUCGGCACGGCGAAUGCUUUCCGCAAGAUAGCCAAAGCUGCAGGCGCCUUCAACGCUGGCGGUUUCGUGCCUCGUGCUGGUGGCGCUGCAGCGAAGCGAUUGCAACCAGACGAGAAGAAGUCUGAUGAGCCUGAUGGCAUUAGUGCAGUGUUUGUUCCACAACGUAACGUACCAAAAGAAGAGCCCAAACCGAAGGAAGAAGACGCUAAGCCCAAGGCUGAAGCAGACCGGUCGUCGAAGGACCGCCUGUCGAUACAAACCGAAGUUGUUCCUGAAGUUAAGAUCUCUGCACCACUAUCACCCACGCCCGUGACUCUCAAAGAUUCGGGACCAACGUUGCCCGAGCGUGCUGCGUCACCCAGCGCCGAGGACGAGCAACCUGCAUCGAAGCCCCAGACCGAACCCGAAGUGCGGCGCAAGAGACGACGGUCCAAUCAACAGAUGACCAACAUCUCCAGACUGGGCAUUGAUCCUAAUAUUCUGGAUGAACGAGGACUCGAAUUUGAGACUCUCUUAUCCGAGUUUGGAUGGGGCAGCAGUGAACUCUCUGCGAAGAACAUCGAGUCUCUAGAAUCUGACAUUAAACGCGAGAUUGCCCGCGUAGAAGCGGGCAGCUGGUUAAACCACCUUGAGCAAAAGGAUGACCGUGUUGAGGCGGUCGAAAAACUCCUAGAUCGUGCAAUUGCCGAGUGCGAUGAACUUGAAGGUCUUCUUACCCUUUAUAAUGUGGAAUUAAGCAGUCUGAACGACGAUAUCGCUUUCAUCGAAGCCCAGAGCCAGGGCCUGCAAGUCCAGACAGCCAAUCAGCGAUUAUUGCAAAACGAGCUCAAGCAACUUGUCGACACGAUAUCUAUAACUGAAGACCAGCUCACACCGCUUAGACGUGAACCUAUUGGCAAGGUGAAUGGUCUGCGCGCCAUUGAGAGCUCUUUGGUCCUACUUUAUAAGGCCUUAAUCACUAUUGACCCCGCUUUCGUUGAUAGCAGCCGUGCCGUGGGUGCAGACAGUCUCAACAAGAUCACCAACUCAGGCUUCGGCAACAGCGAGCUUGCCUCAAUGCAAGCGCUACAGGAAAAGAAGGAUCGAUACCUCAAUGAAGGUGCUGUGUUUUUGGAUCGGCUUAAGAAACAUAUGGAAAUCACUUUCGGCGCCGCGUUCCUGCAGACGAAGGAGACUCUGGAACGUAUUGACACCACAUCUAUGCCAUCGACGAAAGCCAAUAUUGCGGCGCAUGAUGCUGGUCGAGAUACUUUGUGGAUGCUCAGCCCAGUGACCCUGUUCGCAAAGGAAAUUGAUCGAGCCUCCUGGGAUACUCUGAUCCGCAUGUACCAGACCCAAGCCAGCACGGCUUACCAGAAUGAGGUCCGGGACAAUAUCAUGUCCUGGAAACGUUUCGCCCGUAAACCCACAGGGGAUGAGCAGGAGCUCCUGUUCACCGCUCAGGAGAAGGAGCCCGAAAGUAUCACUGGUGCCGCUCGAAAACUCACCGUCAAACGAAGCCAAACUCUAGCUCGUGGUCUCCGAGCAGCUUCAGGCGAUAAAGAAGUCAAGGCGAAUAAGACUCAGGAUGGGAAGCUGUUUGCGUUUGAUGUGUUCGCUCGGGUUCUCGAGGAUAUUGGGCCUGUGCUCCUGACUGAGCAAAAUUUCGUUACAGAAUUCUUCCAUGCAACCUCAACUGACUCAGUCGAUUUCCCAGAGGCUGUUGCGAGAGCAUCGCCCGAAAACCGUCGCGGACCAAACCUUUGGGUCCGUAAGCAGUACGAGGCCGACAGAGCAAUGGCCAAACGUGUGGCCGAAGUCAUGGAGGAUAUCUUCUCAUUCUGGCCUACCGAGAUCCAGAACCUUGUGGAGUGGGCCGUCAACGCUGAUCCAUUGCAAGGUGUUGGUAUCCUUUGCGCUGUCGAUCGCAAAUUGGUCGAGAUUGAGGAGUCCAACCAGGAUUUCCUCACUAGAAACCUGCAGAAGGUUCACGAGCGUCUGACUGGUCUUUUCAGCCGUUUUGUGGACGAGCAAAUCCGAGCUAUUGAAGACACUAAGGUGAAGAUCAAGAAGCGCAAGGGCGUUAUCUCAUUCAUGAAGACUUUCCCUCACUUCUCCGUGGCGAUUGAGAACAUGCUGCCCGCGGCAGACGAACACGAACACCUCGAGAUACGUCGUAUGGUUGACGACGCGUAUCAAAAAAUUAAUAAAGCAAUGUUCGAGAGCUUGAAGGUGAUCGCCAAGGAGUCACCGGCGGUCAUGGCUACCCAGGGGCAAGCUGAUCCUGAAGAUAAGGAAGCGCUCAACUACCACAUUCUCCUCAUCGAAAACAUGAACCAUUACAUCGAGGAAGUCGAUGCACGGUCCGACCCAGUGCUGAUAGGCUGGAAAGUGAAGGCCCAAGAAGAAUGGAAGGAGCACAUGGACCUCUAUGUGGACGCCGUUAUCCGACGACCACUGGGUAAACUUCUGGAGUUUAUCGAAUCAACAGAAACCCUUCUCGCUCAGCCCGGCGCAAACGCACCGGCGAUCGCGCAACGAUCGUCCCACUCCCGCUCUGUCUUCAAGAAGUUGGUGCACUCCUUCGACGCCAAGGAGAUCCGCAAGGGUAUCGAGGCCCUUAAGAAGCGUGUUGACAAACAUUUCGGCGACGCCGAUGACCCUACCAUCAGCCGCGACCUCGUCUUCAAAGUCCUCAAAGAGUGCGAGAAAAAGUACGACAACGUCUACGACCGCGCCGUCCACAUCAACCAGGACGUGUAUUCAGGAGAGGUGGAAAUGGACUGGACUUUGAACGAUGUUUCCACCGCUUUUAGGAGGUAAAGUUUUUAAGCUUUGCCCGGUUUUAUCUGGAUGCGUAUGUGUAUAUUUUUGAAGUCAACGUUGCUUGCAUAUCGAGUUGCGGUGGUUCGGGUGGUAGUUAGCCUGGCGUCUUGGGAGUUGGGCAUGUGGCGAAAAAUGUUACUAAGCGCUCUCUGUUCAUGGCCGGCGUGAGAUAUCAUGCUAUUUUACGAGUGUCUGGAUGAGGUGUAUACUUGAAGGUAUUUGAUCGUAUUGAUGGAUGUAU